CUCACGCGAUAAAAUCGUAUUAAUAUCUAAUCCAUCGCGUCUCAAAUCAACACAAAGGCGUUUGCAUCUGUAAAUAUAAACUAUAUGAAUCCGUUUCCAGCAGCUAUUGUGAACUUUAAGCCCGAUACAUGGCCAUCAGGUAUCCCAUGGCGGUUGGUCUUAACAAAGGCCAUCCAGUCACCAAAAACGUUGCCAAGCCCAAGCAGAGCCGCAGACGAGGACGUCUGACCAAACACACCAAGUUUGUGCGCGACAUGAUCCGCGAGGUGUGUGGUUUCGCACCGUACGAGAGGCGCGCUAUGGAGCUGCUCAAGGUGUCCAAGGACAAGCGUGCUCUGAAGUUCAUCAAGAAAAGGGUGGGAACUCACAUCCGCGCCAAGAGAAAGAGAGAAGAGCUCAGCAACAUUCUGGCCGCGAUGAGGAAAGCUGCUGCCAAGAAGGAGUAGCCUGUGUAAUGACAAAUAAAUGUUUGUGUAAAAACCA